GACGUCACCGCACCGUCAUUUCUUUGGGUUCCCGGAUGAAGACGUCACGCAACUGCUCUGUGGAAUAACAAGAUUUUUCCCUUGGAAACAACUAGAUGCUAAAAGAUUUUUUCUUUCGCGAACUGAGGUAAUUAGGUAUUCCAAUAUGUCAACACCAGCUAGGCGAAGACUCAUGAGGGACUUUAAAAGGUUACAAGAAGAUCCCCCAGCAGGUGUCAGUGGAGCCCCUACCGACAACAAUAUCAUGAUCUGGAACGCAGUUAUAUUCGGGCCGCAUGACACGCCUUUUGAAGAUGGCACCUUCAAGCUGACCCUAGAGUUCACAGAAGAGUAUCCCAACAAACCGCCCACAGUUCGGUUUGUUUCCAAGAUGUUUCAUCCAAACGUGUACGCAGAUGGUAGCAUCUGUCUAGACAUUCUUCAAAACCGGUGGAGCCCCACGUACGAUGUGUCUGCCAUCCUCACGUCCAUUCAGUCUCUUCUGGACGAACCAAAUCCCAACAGCCCGGCGAACAGUCUGGCAGCACAGCUCUACCAAGAAAACAGGCGGGAGUACGAGAAACGAGUGGCUGCCAUCGUUGAGCAGAGCUGGCUCAACUUCAACGACGAUGAGGCCAAGGAAUCAAAAAAGGAAGCGUCCUAGCUUAUCCUGCUGAUCCACCACCACCCAUCAACGCUUGGCCCACCCACUCCCUUUCCCUCCCGAGAGAAAUGCCUCUUCCCCUACCCACGCAAGACCAGGCACCGAAAGAGCGAGACCAGGGUGCAAGAGGCAGCAUCCGUGUAGGCCGCUCUUAUAAAAAAAAAUCAGCAAGCGGAAAAGACGAAAGCUGAUUAAAAAAGAUGGAGGACGAGACUGUUGCUUCUCAAAACUACACGAUUUUUCUGUGUGCUGGUGACAUGAGCAGGGUUGCUUUUCAAUUUUGUGUGCAAACUUAUUGCAACUUUGUGACCGUUCUGAGCGUAGCUCAUUUUCCAUGCGUGCUGUGCAGUGCACGACUGCUCCUACAAGGCUGGCUUCAAUGGAAAAAUCCUGCACUUCUUGCGCUCUUGCUGCUUUUGAACUGAGAACGCCCUGGUUGGGGCAUGCUCUGACAAGUUCGGUUCAAAAUUCUGCAUGCGGUGCAAUGUUGCAUGAUGAAUAGCUGUACUUGUAUUGAUUGGCUAAAAUCAGUGCGUGAACGUCCCCACUUGCAUUACCCAUGUGGGCCUUAUAAAUAUAUAUAUAUAAAUCUAUAUAUGAACACACAUUCUCUUCACCAUUGCGCUUGUGCACUGAAAAAGAUGUAGUGCAAGUGGUUGGGCAAGCUGUUUUUUUUAACUCCCCUCUUACAUGCUUUAAGUGCUAAAAUGAGUGAAAGGUUCCUCCUGUUUUAACUUGUUUAGACCUGCAUUGUGAGAUUGUUUAGCACAGCCGGUUUUUUGCAUUUCGAGACAUUUUGCGAAGCAAGCAUUUGUCUAUUCGGUUUACAAGCAAACUCUUACGAUGGUUGCUCGUAUACUUGUUUGGUUACAGGAAAAAGAAAACAGAUCCGACGGUUGUCCCUGUGUACAUUUCGCUUUUGCAGUUGCACAAAAUGUUUUUCUCGGUGAAAUGAAAUCUCCAGGCAUCUAUACAGCAAAGUGCCUGUUAAUUAAGCAGUAGGUUUACUCGAGGCAUUGUCAGCCGUGUUCCCGACUGUACUGUCACAUGCAUCUACAGUUGAGAGUUAAAUUACCAGAUCAAUCGAGUAGAUUGGGUUUGCACGAGCAAUGCGCAGUGAUGUUUGCAAAUGCAUUUUGAUGUACACCUGUAGAGCUCUCAGCACUUCGAAAUGCCUGUAUUUAUUGUGCCAGCAAGUGGUUCAACAACAGAGUAGUUGAAGUGCGACACUGCGAUUUCUUGAGUGCACCGCAAUUGUGCAUGCAUUAAAGAAAAAGGGGAUCUUGCACGAUUUCGGACACAAUGAGUCUUAGUUCUGGGAGUCUGUGGGUCUUUUCUGCAUGCGUGCUGCAAUAUGUUUCUAGUCUGUUUCCAAGGUGUGUCUAGACUGUUGAGACAAAAAUAAACGUUGAGCUACUGCUACCGAAAGGUGGCCAUCAGGACCUGACAGUGAUGCCACGUUGUCUUCGACAAUGCAAGUAGAGAUGUCCUCCACUCUGACUUGCCUUCUUUCUCUCUCGCCUCGCUCUACUAGAGGUCUUGAACUGGCUGUGCACAUUCGGUAAUAUAGGGUGUGCAUUCUCAUUGGGUAGCCGAGAUAGGGCAUGUUGAGCAUGAGUAGCUGAAUUCGUAUUUCUCUGCACAGCUGCUAAUGCUAUGAAGCUUACCUACAUGUAAUCAUGUGGAAACUUGUGGGGAGGAAACGUAGCUGCUGCCUUUUGAAAAGUACAGCAUCAAGGCUGACCAAGCAAGUAAAGCUUCGAUUCCUAAACUCGUAGUCGGAACCAUGUAAAAAAAAAAAAGCCGCACAAGCGCUUGGCUGCUCAGAAUAUUUCAAAUCCAUGCAGUUUUUUCUUAAUGGUGCCAUAGCAACUCUAGUUCACUAAUUUGCAACCCUUUCAUGCCGCGAUCUGUAUGGGGCUUGAUACAUCGGUAGAAACAUGCAACAUUACUGUUGAGAAUAUCCAUGUCGCCGUUCGCUAUAAGAGAACCAGGUGGUCAUCAGGUUAUGCCUGCAUUGUGAAGGAAAACAGUCGUGGUUUUUAUAUGCGCCUAUGCGGGCCAUGGAAUGCAACAUAUGCCGAUACUUCACACUGUGGCACUUGAAAACAGCCGCCUGGUUUUUGAGGCUUGCUACCAGCAACUACAGAUGGCCACUCUUGGUUGUGCGCUUGCGAAUUGAUCAUGCAAGAUAUGUACCAUCAUGGACAAAUAUAAUAUGUACAGUGUAAGUAGGACACCUAGAAUGCCAACUGUCUAGCAAGGUCUUGCUGUGCUGCAAUUGUGGAGGCACUGUACUGCGGAUAAUUUGUAAAGCCCCUAUUUAUGCUUAUUUGUCCAUGGUAGUGCAGUCAGUAAAGACUUUUUUUUUCUUCAUUUCCUGUUGCUACACAGUAGCAUUUACAUUCUCGGCUUUAAGAUCACACUGUGAUAACUGUUUGCAAGAGCUUGCAACUGUGGUGUAAGUUGUGUCCCACUUUUUUUUUUUUUUCAUCUUGUGCAGCGAGCAGUGUGUAACAUAGAUGCCACAGCAUUAGCCGGCUCUUAUUUCUCCCCUGUGUGUGGAGCAGAUCACAUCCUUCCGCCUAGAGUGUGUGCAUCCCCUCGUGCACACGUGAAAGUGACAUGAUCAGACCUACUAAAGUGAUGAAAUAAAAUCUUGCAAACGGAA